AGUAAUCUCUCGUCGUUCAUUGAUUAUUCUUAUUAUUGUUACUACAGCUGUGUGUACGUAAAAUUACUAGCGAAAUGUGUGUGACGGCAAGUAGUUCAAGGAAAGUUUGUGCUAGGGUAUAGUUUAUGCGUGCCGUUUAAUUUUUUGUUUUGUUUUUCGCCCUAAUUAAAAAUAGCCAUGAGAACGUCAUUGUGUUUGCAUGAUUUUGCUGGCGAUAGUUUUCGCGCGUGACAUGGAAACAAAGCUUGGUGCUUUUUCUUGAACAAAAUAUAUUGUACCUGCUUUGCUAGCCGCUUCGGCCGAGCUCUAACGGAAUCGAUACUGCCGUCGCGAUGGUUGCUAUGAUGUCGGCGCGAGCAGCGUAGAACGGUCGCGCGGCGGUUCCAGUUGCGAGUGCGUGAAGAGGCGCCACCAAUGCUGCGUGUGACGGCGGAGUACUAAAGUUAGUCGAACGGGGAAGGGAAGGGAAGGGAAGGAAGGGUCUUCAUUGAUCAGGCGAGGCCGGGUCGGGCUUUCAGCGUGCAGUCCAGCGCUGGCGGGCGAUGAGCGAGUGAAAGAGGGCUAGCCAAGGCUACACCGCGCGCGCUUAGAUGUGUCGUCGGCGGUGACCCCCGGAGUGUCGAGAUGCUGCCGGAGGCGGCGGCCAAGACCAUCACACGCAGCAGCGGCGGCAGUGGGCGGAGAAGCGGGGCCGUAGCAGCAGCAGUGCCAUGUCUCGCGACCCUUACGCCGCCUCCAGCCUAAGCGGCAGUCGGUCUCCGCGCGGCGCCCGACGGGGCGAGCUACCCACGGUGGACAGGUCGCCGUCCAGGGCCUACCCGCGGGGCAGCCCGGUGGGGGGCAGAAAGGCCGGCGGCCGCCCCUCGCGCUCGGGCAACACUUCGCCCGAUCAUGCCGGGGGCGGCUACUACGGCGGCGGCGGCGGCGGGCAGCACCACAUGGGCUCGCCGUACUACCGCGACGAGGAGUUAGGAAGCCCGGUGAUGAUGGACGAUCGGGGGCGGUCGCUGGGCGGCGGCGGGCACCACCGGUCGCGCAGCGCCAGCCGGCCGGUCGCCUCCGCCGGGGGCGGCACCGUGUCGUCGCGCUACCAGUCGCUGGACCGGGCCACCGCCGGCGACCCCGACCGCGAGUUCAUGCCCAUCAGGGAGCCGCGGGAGCGGUCUCUGGACCGCGGGGGGCGGGACAGGUCGCUGGAGCGAGGCGGGGGCGGCAUGUACGUGGAGGACGAGCUGUACGGGGGCGGGCGCUCGGCGCGGCAGUCCCCGAACCCGCACCUGAUGGCGGCCGGGGGCAGGGACCCGGCCAACUCGUACAUCUCGGAGCUGCAGCAGCAGAACAACGACCUGCAGCGCGAGCUGGGGCAGUUCAAGCGCGAGCUGGAGCUCACCAACCAGAAGCUGGGCUCCAGCAUGCACAGCAUCAAGACCUUCUGGAGCCCCGAGCUCAAGAAGGAGCGAGCCCUGCGCAAGGAGGAGUCGGCCAAGUACAGCCUCAUCAACGACCAGCUCAAGCUGCUCAACUCGGAGAACCAGAAGCAGGCGAUGCUGGUGCGGCAGCUGGAGGAGGAGCUACGCAUGCUGCGCAUGCGCAACCCGAGCAUCGAGGUGCAGCAGCAGAUGGAGGCGCUGUUCGCCGAGAACGAGCACCUGACGCGCGAGAUCGCCAUCUUGCGGGAGACAAUCAAGGAGCUGGAGCUGAGGAUAGAGACGCAGAAACAGACACUCCAGGCUCGAGAUGAGAGCAUAAAGAAGCUGCUGGAAAUGCUACAGAACAAGGGUGUCGGUGGUAAAAUGCUAGACGAAGAGAGACUGGAGUUAGAAGCCAGACUGAUUGAGAGUGAGGCUAGGAUACGCCACUAUGAGUCAUUGUUGAGAGAGCGGGACCUGGAGGUCUCAAAGGGCAAGCGAGAGCUAAAGGCCACCAAUGAGACUCUUAGAGCCCUGCAGAUGCAGUUAGAGAAAGCGUUGCACACCCAAAAUUCCACCGUCGGCCCCUGUAACAGUACCUUGACCGCCAUUCUGGAAACAAAGGACGCUCGCAUUGCAACGCUGGAGAAGGAGGUUGCGCUCUUGGAGCAAGAGCUGGAUAGGAUCCGCUCCGCGUGUGAAUAUGCGAGCUGCCGUAUACCUUCUCCCAUGCCUGAGCCGCAGGACCAUAAGCACGAUUAUGGCUAUAAGCGGCAACUGGAGGAGUUCCGCGCGGAGAUCCAGCGCCGCGACCAGGAGAUCCUGGCCAUGAGCGCCAAGAUGAAGACCCUGGAGGAGCAGCACCAGGACUACCAGCGCCACAUCGCCGUGCUGAAGGAGUCGCUGUGCGCCAAGGAGGAGCACUACAACAUGCUGCAGGCCGACGUGGAGGAACUGCGGCAGCGGCUGGAGGAGAAGAACCGCCAGAUCGAGAAGAAGACCCUGACGGCGACGCAGGCGACGCAGGAGCGCAACCGCCUGAACAACGAGCUGAACGAGAUGAGGGACCACAUGGACAUCAAGGACCGCAAGAUCAACGUGCUGCAGCGCAAGAUCGAGAACCUGGAGGACCUGCUGAAGGAGAAGGACAACCAGGUGGACAUGGCGCGCGCGCGCCUCAACGCCAUCCAGGCGCACCACUGCAGCUCGGAGGGCGCGCUGUCCAGCCUGGAGGAGGCCAUCGGCGACAAGGAGAAGCAGAUGGCGCAGCUGCGCGAGCAGCGGGACCGCGCGGAGCAGGACAAGGCGGAGGAGCGCGAGCUGCACGAGCGCGAGGUCGCCGAGUACAAGAUGAAGCUGCACGCCACGGAGAGCGAGGUGGAGAAGCUGGCGGCGCGGCUGGAGCGCGCGCAGGCCGAGAAGGACCGGCUGGAGGCGAAGCUGGAGAGCUCGCAGUCGGAGCUGGGCAAGUCCAAGGCGGAGCUGGACAAGGCGGCCAGCGAGGUGGGGCGCAGCGGGGCCGACUGGGAGGCGGCGAAGCAGCGCCUCGCGCGGCUGGAGCUGGAGAACGAGCGGCUCAGGCACGACCUGGAGCGCUCGCAGACCACGUUCGGCCGUAGCACGCUCACCACCUCGCAGGAGCUGGACCGCAUACAGGAGCGCGCGGAGAAGGCGUCGGCGGAGCUGCGGCGCGCCCAGGCCGAGCUGCGCGUCACCCAGGCCGAGAACGAGCGCGCGCACGCCGAGGCGGCGGGGCUGCAGGAGAAGGUGGAGAAGUCCCAGGGCGAGGUGUACCGGCUCAAGGCCCGGCUGGAGAACGCCCAGGCCGAGCGCGAGAGCUUGCGGGAGGAGUACGACCGCGCCCAGUCGGCGGUGGCCCGCCUGCACGCCGAGCGGGACAAGAUGGCGGCCGAGCUGGAGAAAUCCAAAGAAGAGCUGGAGAGAACGCAAGCGACUUUAGGCAAAGCGCAACUGCAGCAGGAUAAAUUACAGAGUGCUCUCGAUAAAGCUCAAAGUGAAGUUGAUAAACUCCAGGAAAGAUUUGACAAGGGCCAGGCCGAAAUCAGACGGCUCCAGAUGGAGAAGGAGAAGCAGAACUACGACUUCGAGAACAUCCAGUCGCAGCUGGACAAGGCCCUGGGGCAGGCCACGCGGCUGCAGAAGGAGCGCGAGGGCGUGCAGUUGGAGGCGGACCGGCUGCGCGACAAGUACGAGAAGGCUCAGAUUUUGAUCACACGGCUGCAGAAGGAGAAAGACGGCUUCCAGGAGGAAUGUGAGAAGCUGCAUGAGCGGAACGAAGUGUUCCAGAGCCAAGUGUCGAAGGCCCAGCGCGAACGCGACAACAUGCAAACAGAGCUCGAUGUGAUCAAAGAGAGGUGGGAGAAGACACAGCUGUUGCACCAGAAGCUACAGAUUGAAAGAGAUGAGACCCUCACCGAACUUGAAAUUUUGAAAGACAAGUUAGAGAAAACACAAAUGACUACGCAAAAGGCAAUAGAAGAAAAAGAGACAGCCAACAAAGAAUUUGAAAGAAUGCUCGAGAAGUACGACAGGUCGCAAGGAGAGGUGUACCGCAUGCAGAACAAGCUGGAGACGGCGGAGACGGAGAAGGACCGGCUGGAGAUGGAGGUGGAGAAGGCGCAGCUGCUGGCGACCAAGGCCCGCGAGGAGCAGCGCAAACUGCAGGACGAGCUGCAGAGAGUGCAGGAGAUGUACGAGCGGGCAGCGCUGCAGCUCGGCCGCACCAAGGAGAACGAGGAGAAGUUCAAGGAGGAGAUGGACCGCAUCACGGUGGACCUGGACAUGGUGCGGGAGCGCUACGAGAAGACGCAGAUAGAGAUGCGCCGGCUGCAGGCGGACCGGGAGAAGCUGCAGGCGGAGAACGAGCGGCUGGGCUUCGAGCUGGAGCGGGCGCACUCGCAGUGCAACAAGGCCCAGAUGGGCAGCGAGAAGUGCCAGGAGGAGAUGGCGCGGCUGCAGGUGGAGCUGGAGAAGAUGUACGACAAGCACGACAAGGCCAGCACGGAGCUGCGCAAGGCGGUGCCUGAGAUAGACAGGUACCGGGCGGAGGCCGAGGGACUGCGGGAGGAGGCGGAGCGGUACGCUGCCCGCAUGGGCAAGUACCAGGACACCCAGGAACGCUCCAAGGAGGAGCAGGACAGGCUGAAGGUGGAGAUGGACCGCCUGCGCGAACGGCUGGAGAAGAUGUCUGCGGAGCUGGAACGCGCUCGCAAGGCGGAGCAAGAUGCAGUGAGACUUCGAGUGGAGCUGGAGCGUGCGGAGGGCGUGCGAGGUAAAUACCAGUUUGAACAGGAAAAGUGGUCGUCGGAGAAUGUUCGCCUCCAGUCGGAGUGCGACAAGUUGCGGGAGAAGGUGGACCAGGGUCAGCUGGAGUUGCAGAGGACUCUGGUGGCCAACGAGAAGCAAGAAGAACGUCUGCACGAGUUGCAGUUGGAGCUGGAACUGAGUCGCGCCGAGGUUAGCAAGCUCACGGGCUUGCAGGAGAAGCAACAGGUUGAAAUAGAGAGACUUCACAUCGAAUGCGAAAAGGUCCGCGAUAGGUACGAAAAGCUGCAACUUCGAACGGAGUCUUCUGAGAAGGAAGUGGAGCGCUUGAGGAUUGAGUUGGCUCAGACAGAGCGCAGUGCUGCUGCUGGAGAGAAAACACGCUCCGAGGUGGAACGUGUCAGCGUGGAGAUGGAGAAACUACGGGAAAAGUUGGAACGAGCACAGUCGGAGCUGAACAGGACUCAUCAGUCACGGGAACAGGCAGAGAUGGACGUUGCAAGGUUGUCGAGAGAACUCGAGAAGUCGCAGGUCCAUCUCGGGAAGUACCAAGAAAACAAUGAAGCUGCAAGAAUUGAAUUCGAACGAAUGGCUACCGAGCUAACCAGGCUACACGAGAAACUCGAGCAGUCGCAAGCAGAACUGCAAAGGUCCCACGAGGAGCGAGAUAGGCUGGGGAAAGAACUAGAGCAGAUGAAGUUGGCCAUGGAGCAACAACUUCACGGUAGGCAGGACUUCGACAAGCGACUCCAAGAGGAAAACGUGCGCCUGCAACAGGAGCUGGCCCAAGCGGGCAGGGACCGCGACAAGAUGUCGUCCAUUCUGGAGAAGAGAGAGAAGCAGUCGGAGAAAGUGGAGAAGCAGGUGGCCAAGCUGGAGGCGGAGGUGAACCAGCUCUCGCUGGAGCGAGACCAGCUGGUGAUGCAGCUGGAGAAGUCUCAGGACAUGCUGAUGAACUUCCAGCAGGAGUUGCAGCAGUCCGAGGCGGAGCUGGAGCGGGAGCGGGAGGACAACCGGCGCCUGAAGGGCGAGCAGAGGCGCUUGGCGCAGGACUCGGAGCGCGGCGACCAGCGCGAGAUCUCCAAGCUGCAGCAGCAGGCGCAGGCGCUGAGCCGGGACCUCGAGCGAGAGCAGCAGCGCGCGGAGAGGGCGGAGGCUCGCGCGCAGGAGGCGGACCGGCUGCGCAAGGUCGCGGAGGCGGAGAGGGCCCGGGCCGACGCAGCCGAGCGCACGGUCGGCGAGCUGCAGAGGAGAGUGCAGGCGGUAGAGAAGCAGCUGCAGCAGCAAGUGGGCUCGAGCGACCAAGUGAACGCGCUGAGCGAGGAAGUGAACAAGCUGCGCGCCGACUUAAAGAGCGCGGCAGUUGAGAGAGAGCGCUUCCAGGCGCAGCUCGAGAUGCUAGUCAGCGAACUGGAGAAGAACCAGUUGGACCUACACGAAGCGAACCGGAAACUAGCGAACGGCGCGAUGAAAGCUGGCGAAGAAACUACCGCUCUUAAGAUGCAGUUGGAAGAGCAGAAAAAGCAACUAGAGGAUCAGAGACGCAAGCUGGAUGAACAUAAAAAAGGUUUAGAUAGUAGAAGUAGGAUGUUAGAUGAGAAGGAGAAAUCCAUAGCUGAAGCAGAUUUGAAGCUCAAGAAGAGGAAAGAAAAACUAGACCAAUUAGAAGCACAGAUACAAAAAGGGGGCGGCGGGCCGGGCGGGGACCCGGAGCUGCGCCGGCGGCUGGCGGAGAUGGAGCGGCUGGUGGAGGGGCAGGAGAAGGAGCUGGAGAGGGCGCGCGACGACAGCCAGCGCUCGCAGGUGGAGAUGGAGCGGCUGCUGCAGCUCGUGCAGAUGAGCCAGGAGGAGCAGAACACCAAGGAGAAGCAGAUACGCGACCUCCAAGAAGCCUUAAAGAAUGCCCAAGCAAAGAUGAAAAGCCAACAAACUGCCAACGCACAAAUGGAAGAAUCGCGCAGACGAGAUGAGCAGCAGGCAGAGGAGCGGGUGCUGGAGCUGGAGCAGGACGUGAGCGACCUGCGCGAGGCGCUGCUGGACCACAGCAAGGCGAGCGGCGCGCGCACGGCCGAGCUGGAGGCGGAGGUGGGCGCGCUGGAGGCCGCGCUGGAGCGGCACGGCCGGCUGGACGAGCUGGAGGAGCUGGUGGGCGUGGUGCGGCUCAAGGACGAGCGCAUCGAGGAGCUGGAGGAGGCGCUGCGCGAGAGCGUACGCAUCACGGCCGGCCGCGAGCGGCUGCUGCUGCAGGAGGAGGACCGCAGGAAGCAGAUCAUGGAGAAGGUUGGCAAGCUGGAGCAGCGGCUGCUCUCGCUGCAGACGGCCCACGCCCUGCGCUGCAGCACGUGCCGCCCGCUGCUCGGCCGGGUGCAGGACCUGGAGCGCCGUCUCGCGAGGCUGCUGGCCGAGAGGCGCGACCACCUGCGGGACCUCACCAGCAUGAAGCAGGAGGCGCUGGAGGCUGCCAUCAGCGAGAAGGACGCACACCUCGCGCUGCUGGAGGUGUCGGGCAUCAGGACGGCCAAGCAGGCGGAGCAGGCCGACCAACUGCGGGCCGACCGCCGUCGCCUCACCGACAAGCUCAAGGAAGAGAACGAGCACAGCGUGCGACUGCUGCAGGAGUACGCUCACCUCGACCCCCCUCCGCACAGCCCCAUGUUCCCCGCCGACGAGGAAGUCGAGGCGGGCCCGUGCGCCCAGAACGGACACGACGUCCAACAUUCCGAGAUUCAACCAGACAGUCUUGAAGCUUCAAGCCCUGAUGCUGCAGCGUCGUCAUGAACCGGCCAGUGUCUGCGUCCCCUGCGGUCCGGGUCCAGUGACUCGCAGUGGUGCAAACCGCUACAGCCUCCGUCGAGCCCGCGUCGAGCCAGUUCCUCCCCGUUCACAAGCACUGCCAUUCGUUCAAAACCGUGAAUAAACUAACACAAAUUCCACAAAAUAUGUGGUGUGCUGCCUUGAUACUCUAGUGUCUGUGCUCUAUUUUGGACUUCUUGCAUUGGGAAUUUUGUUUGUUAGCUAUCGAUGACAUUUUAGUGCUGUGAAUCAGUUUUGCUUUGUAUUUUUUUUACAACACAAACACUGUUGCUGCUAUGUCUAGAAAAUGACCAGCUCGUUGGUAGAAAUGAAAGUGAAAAUACUUCUCUUGAAAACAAUACUUUUUUUGUGUGCUCUAGUCUGUUGGUGCGUGAAUAAGGUGGUGAUGCUCAGAAAUGCUGAAGUAACAACUGACUUAUUCUGGGAGAAAUACCAGCCCUUGUGGGAGAAGGGGAAAUAAAAUAGAAAUAUUGAGUUCAUUAAAGUGAAGAAGGAAGGUGCAGCAAUGACAAUAAAAAAAUAUAAUUUUCUGUGAAAAGUGACCUCUUCUUCUCAAGUUUUAAUGUCUUCCUGUGUCGGAAGGUGUGUGACUGUAGACGGAAACAGAAAGCAAUGUUGUGGUCUUGCUUUUUUUUGCCGUUACUCGUCUUGGUGCAUACACAGUUUUAGAUCUCUUUGGUCAUUUCCAAAAGUCAGAACUUGCUUGAAUCAAGUAUGUUGCUUCUUGGUGGCUACAUUGGCUCGUGGUAGUUGGUGUUGUAGGAUGUUCGUUGUCCCUCCUUACCAUCACAUUGAAAGUUAAAGGCUUCUUUUCUCUAUAUGUGUUGUAGGGACCAUGGUUAAAAACUCAAAACAUGUUGAUCACAGUUUAAAUGAGGAUGAACAAUACGUAUGUGUAUUUUCUCUUUUGUGUUACCUGCAUCCUCGUUCGCUUACUGUUUAGAUAAAAGCAAGGAGUAGUAAAUAAGAUGUGUUUUGAAUUGAUUCUUAUAGUAUGUAUAUAGGAACAAUAAGUGUUAGUGUUUAUUUUGUAUUAUGUCUUUACUAAGUUCCUUUAAGCAUCUCCACUUUCUAAUAUAUGUUUUUUGAACAAAUGUUCCUACCUUUAUGGUUACAUUUAAAUCAAUUGUAAUCAUUGUUUUCAAAUACUUAAAUAUGAAAGAACCAAAUCUCUAAUUGAAGUGUGUUAUAGAUUGCUAAAGGAUUUUUUGUUUAAAAUAUGUGAGUGAUAAAUGUAACAAAUUUUAUUUUGUAGUAAUAGAUAACUAAUGUGUGGUUACAAAUUAGUAUGAAUAACCCAAAGAGAAUUCAAUUAAUAACCUCUUGGAAGAACGUGGAGGAAUCGCACAUCUGAGACAUACCUGUUUCAGGGGCAUUUUAUGCAUUUUUCAUUAUGCAUCGUCCACAUAGCUUUAACAUGUUACAUCUGUGAAAAUUUAAUUUUAAAAGUUGUGUUGAAUGAAUGUUAAAUGUGCUGUUGGCAUUAACUGUUAACUACCAAAGUUUGUAUAAAAUACAUCUGUCAUGAUGGUUUCGAGUUAACCAAACAUUCAACUCAGAUGUAUACUUAAGGUGACUCAAGAAGCUAAGUUUGUGCAUCAAGAUGUGUUGGACACAGCCAAGUGCCAUUUUAGAGUAAAUGUAAGAGUGAUGUGUGUUUGUGUGUCGUCAUUUGUACAAAAUGUUGGUUUAGGCAUCUCAGGCAUUACGUUUUGAGAAUGCGAUUUGGGGUGGGUGUUGUAGACAUGUGUGGAUUACACGUAAACCCUGAUUAGAUUUAGUUACAAUGGUUGUAUUGGUUAGGAAGAAAUACCAUAAAACAGUAACAGAAAAUGUCAAGAAUUUCACUGUUAGUUCGCAAACAUAUUUACAUUGUAAUCUGAAUUUUUAGAUGUCCAGGUAACCAAAACUUGGUACACGCAACUGCAUUUCUGUUGUUUCUUUUUAGAAUCACAAAUGUUUGUGCCAUACCGGAAAGUUUUGUCAGAAAUCAUUGAAAACCUCCACUGGAAGAGAAAUUGUACCAUUGUCAGCCUUAUAAAAGUGUUCUUCACAACUUUUGCAGCUCUUGUCAUUAAGUCAGCCGUGUGUUUUGAGUUCUCCGGAUGGAACGUGUGCGGACUGCGACCGGUCGCGAUGCCACCCAUCCCAGCGAGAGGCGUGCCUGAGUUCCACACGAGUGUAUGUGCCGUGCGUCGCAGCCCUACUGCCAUUCUUUGUGCCAUUAUCAGUUGGUGACUUGUGCGCUGUAGUUCACAGAGACUUGUUUCCAAGCCUCUGCGAAGUCACCAGGAAACGUGAACCGUCGCUCUCGAACCAGGGAGGUGCGCCAGUAGAAACACACUAGUGUGUGUGAUUAUGCUUUCAGAGAGUGCUCAGUGGAGCUUGCCUGUGCUACUUCCUAGGUGCAUACUUUGUGUUUCACUUUAUGACAAACUAAUGCAGGUUUGGCUAAAUGUUUGUGGAAUUUGACUGCCUUGUCACCGUGCGAACAUCUGGUGUUUAUUAAAUUAGUUUUUUUCUUUAAUCUUGCUAGGUUUCUUUGUCUAUGUGUGUGUGCUUUUUUUUUAGCAAUAUAUAUUCAGUCAGUUCAAUAUAUGUGUAUGAAAGAUAACUGCAGUUAGUUUAUAUUUUUUAAAAAAAAUGUAUCAUUUAGUUUUUAAAUUGUUGUUUAGUUAACAUGGCACCAAACUUUGAUAAAAGUUAUAAAGGAAGCUACUCUUUUUCUUUAAGAUAUGUUGAGCAUUCUUUUUUAUCUCUAACUAAAGUACCUCUAAUAUUGCUCGUGACGUUAGUUGAGCUGAGCAUCUUGGAGACUACCAUAACUGGCACGUGUCAAGUAAACUGCACUCACUGUGUAUUUUAACUUCGAAUUCUUUUUUUCUUUUUUCUGUGGGGAACAAAACAACUCCUUGGCUGGUUUCAAACUUUAAUAUUAUCAUUGAUCACUUUCUGAAAUCAUAAUAUCUUAAUAUCAGAUGCUCUCUUAGUAUGCUUUUGUUUGGUAAAGAUUUAAUUUGUGUGCAUAAUCUUUGUGCUGUGCACAUCUGCAAAAAUGACUACACUAAAUGGUAAAUGUGUAUUUUCAUUAAAAAGAAAUGUCACUCAUUUAAUUGUUUACAUUGGUCUUACUGAAUGCCUGUGAAGAUAAAAAGUAAAAUAAUAUGAAGAGCUACUUUUGUACCAGGAAUAAGUAACGUUUGUUUUUACAGGCGGUUUGUCUCAUCAUUCACUUUGUGACGACACCGCUCAGCUACUAACAUGUGACUUACAAAUAUCACUCCUGAGGAGACAUCUUAUAUUACACGAGAAAUAUUAUCCUGUGAGGGAAGUGAUAACUGUAGAUCAUACAGCUUUAAUUUUGAAAUGACUUUAUUUUAAUAGUUACGUAUGUACUGCCUGUAAACGUGAAUGUGUAAGUGAAACAACUUUGAAAUGAAGGCGUUACGUGUUGUUUCAGUGUUGGGGAUCUCUCAUUUAGUUUUUGAGGACUGUGAAGGAAUAAUACGCGCACAUAAUUUGUCAGUGUACAGGAAAUAUUGGUAGAGUAAAAAUAGUAUUACCCAUUCUUAAAGAACAUUGUUAUGAUGGUAGUGUUAAGAACAUAAAUAAACAUAGUUAAUAUGUUGAAUUACUGUUUACUAGUCUUUAUCAUACUGUUAAAUAUAUAUUUAACAAAAAAAUUCAUGCUUUUCACAUAUGAUAGCUGUAAAUUCUUCCUAAAAAUCACAUUGUAUCAGCAUUAAGAAUUGUGUUCAUUUUUAUUGCCUAGUCAUUAAUAUACAACUACAUAACAAUUUCUUCUUAAAAAAUUGUUUUCCUAACAUACACAGACAUGUUGAGCCAGUUUUGUAGUUAUGUUCUGGGGGAUCAGCCAGUAUAAUUAAUAUGUGUGUGUCAUUAACUGUAAGUCUUAAAUAACAGAGUUCUAAAGUAAAAUAUAAUUCUUUUAAGUAUACCUACCUAUUUAAAUUUAUGAUUUUUCUUUUAAAACAAAAUUGGAAUAUAAUUUUUUUCCUUGAUAUUUACUUGAAUACUGUCAAAUCAGUAGUUGGGAAAGAAAUAGUACUCCAAAAAAUAUGCGGGAAAGAAAUAGUACUCCAAAAAAUAUGCAAGAGUUUUGCUCAUACGAAGUUUCACUUUGUCAAAAUAAAUUUCACUCACUAUUGCAAGCCACCAGAAAGGAUAUCAUUGUAACAAAUAAAUCAUUUUCAUUCCACCAAGUUAGUUAUGGUUGCAACAGCCGUAGCUGAUUCACAUCAAAAUGAUAAUUUUUGAGAGCCCCAAUUUAGACACAGUACUUUGAACACACUAUUGCAUACUGUAUACCCUUUCGUUGUACAUCAAAAUUACCUUAAUACUGGCAUGGACCUCAUGACAUCUGUCAAUUUUCUUCAGUGUGAAACCAUGAUAGUUUUACAAUAGAAAUCUUGUGUGUAUGCUUAGAGAAAAAUUAUUUGUUAUUUUUAUUUUGAUUGCAGGUUUGGAUGGUUAUUCAAAUUCAUUCCAAGCAAAUGAUUGAACAUUGAAAUAAUUUUUUGUUUAAAAUGAUCUGUAUACGAUUCAGACCAGCAUGCAUUUGACACUCGGGAGAACCUGCCAGCUACCAAAAUAGUUCCACCCUUCUUUUUGCAUCCCACUAUAUUUCCCUUCUUUAACUAAAACUACCGUCACUUUCUCAAUAGUUACUAUAUACGCUAUAUAGCUGGCAAAUAACCACCACACAUCUUCUGAAGGGGUCAUUUAAAGUCAGCAAACAUGCAAAAGCAUAUAAAUAUAUUGUGCUCUUCCAUUGUCAAAUUUUAGAAUUUUAUUUAAUCGGGAAUCUGAAGAAAAAAAAAAAACAACACAUAAAUAUCAUAAAAAUUCCAUUAAUAAUGGGUUUAGACUUGUCACUCACUUCCUGUGUUCCGUCUGUCUUAACAGUUCACUUUGCAUCACCCAAAAACACUCUACCUUCACCGAAAUCUCUCAAACUUUUACUAACUUGGUGAGUGAGGGAGAUGAUCUCCUCUAUCCACCACCUCAGGUCUGCCACUUUCCUCUUCCUGUGUGUGUUCUUAAUGCACUUACAGAUUUGCUAGUAUUCAAGCAUGUAUCAAGAGUAGCUGGUAUUGUUUUCAAGAAUAGCAUUAAUUUGAUUAAAACUAUGAUGCAAUUCAACUCUGAUGUAUGUUAGUAAAAUUAUGAGUGAAUCAAAAAUGUCAGAAUCUGUAGAAUUAGUUAUCAUAACAUCACCAUGUAGUGUUUGUUGGUUUUGAGUUUUUCUGAAUAGUACCUAUGUAUUUAUUUUUUGGUACCAUUUGAGUUGCAAACAUAACAUAUCCCACUUCAUAUUUUUUCCUGUGAUAUCAGAUUUUUGUGUAGAUAGACAACGUUCUUUUGGGAACGAUAUUACUUACCUGACUGGUAUUACUGAAGGUUGUCUAUAAUAUUUUGUCAAAAAAUGCUAAAAGAGAGAGAAAUAUAUGAAUAUAUAUAUAAAAUUAUAUACGGUAUGGUUGUUAGCUCUUCGCAGUGUUGUUAAAACUAAUCUAUAUGUUGAAAAUGGGCAGGCUCUAGUAUUGCUUGAAGUUGUAAUGUUGACAUUCAGUUAUAAGUGGAAACUGUCUUGUAUCCAUCAGAAGGAAAAACUUAAAACAUGGAGACCAAUAUGACUCCAUCUUGCAUUGUAUGGAGUUGUAAAGAAAUUAUGUUACCUGAUGUAAAACUACAAAAAAAAAAAGUUCUGAAUGGAAACAA